GGCCCACAGCUUUUUCAGCUUGUUGCGAAAACGGAUGUGCCAGCCGUAUUAGGCCCAUGUCUGAAAACCCAGACAGACGGUCACAUUUCAACAGAAAGUCAGCUUCACUCGAAUACGUCGGCUUAGUCGAAACAGCAGCAGAGCAAGAUGGAGUGUGAGUGGAAGCCAGACGAGCAAGGACUUCAACAAAUUUUACAGCUGCUGAAAGAGUCUCAGUCGCCAGAUACGUCCACACAGAGAUCCGUCCAGCAGAGACUUGAGCAGCUGAACCAGUAUCCAGACUUCAACAACUAUUUGAUAUUUGUUUUGACCAAGUUAAAAUCAGAAGACGAACCUACGCGGUCCCUCAGCGGGCUGAUAUUGAAGAACAAUGUGAAAGCCCACUAUCAGAACUUCCCGAGUGGCGUGUCUGAUUUCAUCAAGAGCGAAUGCCUCCAAAACAUCGGAGACUCGUCUCCCCUCAUCCGGGCCACUGUGGGUAUCCUCAUCACCACCAUUGCCUCCAAAGGAGAGCUACAGAACUGGCCAGAGCUUCUGCCUAAACUCUGCCUGCUGUUGGAUUCUGAGGACUACAACACGUGUGAGGGAGCAUUUGGAGCCCUGCAGAAGAUCUGUGAGGACUCCGCUGAGAUCCUGGACAGUGACAUGCUGGACCGUCCUCUGAACAUCAUGAUCCCAAAGUUCUUGCAGUUUUUUAAGCACAACAGUCCUAAGAUUAGGUCUCAUGCUAUUGCCUGCGUCAAUCAGUUCAUCAUCAGCAGGACUCAGGCUCUUAUGCUGCACAUCGACCCUUUCAUUGAGAACCUGUUUGCCCUGGCGACAGACGAGGAACCAGAAGUGAGGAAGAAUGUGUGCAGAGCUCUAGUCAUGCUGCUGGAAGUUCGCCUGGACCGCCUCCUGCCACAUAUGCAUAACAUCGUAGAGUACAUGCUACAGAGGACCCAGGACCAAGAUGAAAAUGUUGCCUUGGAGGCCUGUGAGUUCUGGCUUACUCUGGCGGAGCAGCCGGUGUGUAAAGAAGUGCUGUGUGGACACCUCUCCCAGCUCACCCCGGUGCUUGUCAACGGGAUGAAGUACUCCGAGAUUGACAUUAUCCUGCUCAAGGGGGACAUUGAGGAAGAUGAGGCCAUUCCAGACAAUGAGCAAGACAUCAGACCGCGCUUCCAUCGUUCCCGCACAGUUGCCCAGCAGCACGAGGGCGAUGGGAUCGAGGAAGAGGAAGAUGACGAUGAUGAACUGGAUGAUGAUGAUGAUACUAUCUCUGAUUGGAACCUGCGCAAGUGUUCAGCUGCAGCGUUGGAUGUGUUGGCCAAUGUGUUCAGGGACGAUCUGCUGCUGCACAUUCUGCCCCUACUCAAAGAGCUGCUCUUCCAUCCAGAGUGGGUUGUUAAAGAGUCUGGCAUCCUAGUGCUGGGAGCUAUAGCUGAAGGCUGCAUGCAGGGCAUGAUCCCAUACCUGCCUGAGCUCAUUCCCCAUCUCGUCCAGUGUUUGUCUGAUAAAAAGGCCCUGGUGCGUUCCAUCACCUGCUGGACACUGAGCCGCUAUGCCCACUGGGUUGUCAGCCAGCCCCCAGAUACUUACCUGAAGCCUCUAAUGACGGAGCUGCUCAAACGUAUUCUGGACAGCAACAAGCGUGUGCAGGAGGCUGCUUGCAGUGCCUUUGCCACUUUGGAGGAGGAGGCUUGCACAGAGCUGGUGCCCUACCUGGCAUUCAUCCUGGACACACUGGUGUUCGCUUUCAGCAAGUACCAGCACAAAAAUCUUCUCAUUCUUUACGACGCCAUAGGAACACUUGCAGACUCAGUGGGGCACCAUCUCAACAAACCGGAAUACAUCCAGAUGUUGAUGCCUCCACUCAUCCAGAAGUGGAACCAGCUGAAAGAUGAAGACAAAGAUCUCUUUCCAUUAUUAGAAUGUCUGUCAUCUGUAGCCACUGCCCUGCAAAGUGGCUUCCUGCCCUACUGUGAGCCUGUGUACCAACGCUGUGUCAACCUGGUCCAGAAGACCCUUGCUCAGGCCAUGCUUCAUCAGUCACAGCCAGACCAGUAUGAGGCCCCUGACAAAGACUUCAUGAUCGUGGCUUUGGAUCUUCUUAGUGGACUGGCUGAGGGUUUAGGAGGCACCAUUGAGCAGCUGGUGGCUCGUAGCAACAUCCUCACACUCAUGUACCAGUGCAUGCAGGACAAAAUGCCAGAAGUGCGUCAGAGUUCUUUUGCUCUGCUAGGCGAUCUGACCAAGGCUUGUUUCCAGCAUGUCAAACCAUGUAUUGCUGAUUUUAUGCCCAUACUGGGUACUAAUUUAAAUCCAGAAUUAAUAUCAGUGUGCAACAAUGCAACAUGGGCAAUUGGAGAGAUAUCGAUACAAAUGGGGCCUGAAAUGCAGCCGUACAUUGCCAUGGUGCUGCACCAGCUGGUGGAGAUCAUUAAUAGGCCCAAUACCCCAAAGACUCUGCUGGAGAACACAGCAAUAACAAUUGGUCGUCUUGGUUACGUUUGUCCUCAAGAGGUGGCACCCAUGCUACAGCAGUUUAUAAGACCCUGGUGCACCUCUCUACGGAAUAUAAGAGACAAUGAGGAGAAAGACUCUGCAUUCAGAGGAAUUUGCACUAUGAUCAGUGUAAAUCCGGGAGGUGUAGUGCAGGAUUUUAUAUUCUUCUGUGACGCAGUGGCCUCCUGGGUAAAUCCAAAGGAUGAUCUCAGAGACAUGUUCUGCAAGAUCCUUCACGGGUUUAAGAACCAGGUGGGAGAGGAAAACUGGAGUCGCUUCUCAGAUCAGUUCCCCAUGCCACUGAAGGAGCGGCUGGCAACCUUUUACGGGGUGUAACUGUUUCCACCGCAGUGUGCCUCAUCACUGGGGUCAUUCACUAUGGGAGACAAUAUAGGGAACCUCUUUUACCCAGGGAACAUGUUACCCUUUACUAGGGGGGAAGGGUCUGCCUGCUGAGGGGAGGGAAGGGGUGCGGACCCCUCCGCGACCUGGUGGACGGGGUGGGAGGGAGGUGGUAGCUGCAGUGCUCACUGCCCCCAUGCACAGGCAAGGGGGGAAAAGGGGCUAGCAGAACAACCUUAUCAUGGGAGGAAAAUUCAUCUAAUCACAUCUCAAUCAGAAAUAAUGAAACCUGUCACCUUUUUCUCUCCGUUUAUUACCCAAAACAUCUUGUUUUCUGUUACCUGAACUACUGGAAAGAAAUGUAAGCAAACAUGAAGAAAACUUUGGAGAACCCUGUAAAGCAUUUGCUCUUUAAUUCUGGUUAGAUGAGGAGUUUGCACAUAUUGAAAGGGGUUUUUUUUUUUUUUUGCAGGAAAAAGUCUUCAGAGCAUUUAUAAUCAUGUCAGCCAGGUAAAUGGCACGUGGUCAUUCACAACACAACUGAAUUCUACCAAUAGAGUACACUUUUUAAAAAAUUAAGUGAAGUUGAAGGUUCAUCAAGAGGGAUUUUCUCAAAAUACAAGGAUAGUUUCAAACUAAGGAAGGGCAGCUGAUGCUAAGAAGGCAUCAUAUUGGAUCCAACUCUGGUGAAUAUAAUUUUAAAUGUUUCAUAUCACCAAGAAUAAGUAUAGUUAUCAGAUUAUUUGAGCGUUCCCAUUCUUUAGCAGGGCAAAGGCUGUUAAUUAUGUCACUGGAGAGCACAAGAUUUACUUUUAAGAGCAGCUUUUCUGGGAAUAGGUAGCAUGCUUGUAUCAUUGUGAAAAGCUGUGGAACAUUAGUGAUGUAUGUUGCGUUUGACAGCUGUCUUUGCCCUGUGAUAAGGUUCUUCUUUGACCUUGUAAUUUAUCUAUUUACAGUACUUUUUGUUUUGUUUCCUCUACCAGAGAAUUACGGCAAUCAGCUGUAAUGUAGCAUGACUGGGUUUAUACACCAAAAUGUAGGAAAUGUGUAAAAUCUUGGCUGUGAUGUAACGUUGGAGUGAAUCUCCCAGUUUGGUCUUGUGGUGUGAAUGCUGACACGGACAUUCAUCAGCAAGCAUAGCGACGCUUUAGAUGCUAACGGUCCUUAAUAUUGUCUGAGCCUUGUGAAGGAAAAAUGGAGGAGAAACAAGUAGGAGACACCACAACGACACAAAUCCUGUCUUAGUGAUUUUUGUGACUUUGGCUGUCAGAACCAUGCAGUCCAUCGAAUGAAUGUUAAAUAUGUUUAUUUCUCAAUGUACUCUCAAGUUUUUUUUCUUUUUUUUUUUCUUGGGUGUUUGGCUUCUUGUGCUAAAAGCAUGAUCUUGAGGAUGACUGUAUAAUGUUUUGGGUGGUUGUGUUUUGUGGGGUACUUGGAUGCUUUCAUCUUUUGCAUGUUGGUGGCCCCUCACACCCCAACAUAUAGCGGGAAGGGGAUUACGGGAGGGAGGGGAGCUUCAAUUAAAGGUUUAACAAGUACAUAGUAACAGUUUAUGUAUUGCGACACUGGGACUUUUAUAACUUCACAUUUUCUUGCUGGAGUGUUUUCCCUAAACUUUUACCCCAUAGCUGGAUGUAUAGUUUUUAAAUACUGUGAAACUACAACAACGUUAUCGUCUCUGGUUGUUUUGCGCUGUUAUAUUUUAUAAAGUGUGUAAGUGUUUAAGUUACAGAUAGCCUGAAUGUAUUCCAUGAUGGGUUGGAGAGAUGGGAUUUUUUUUUUUAAUUGUUCUGUUUUUUAAUGCCCAGCCAGUCACUUUUCCUCUGCUGGCCAGAGUAAUAACUGCAGUAUUUUAACCCUUUGCGAUGCACGUGACAUGCACUUAAAAUUUAAAUUGCAAGUGCUUGAAAUUAAUGAUGUAGCCAAACCCUCCAGAAUAUGACCUUAGUGUUAACACAGAUCAUUAAUUAAGUAUUGCUGCUAAAAUGUAUUUACCUAAUGCAAUAAGUAUCUUGAUGCAAUGGGAUUAUCAGAUUGUGAAAGUAGUUUAAGGUAUUAGAUAAACUUUCUCGAUAUGAAAUAUGUAACUGAUCUCUUAGAUUUUAACGUUAAUGACGUAAACCGGUGAAUACAGGAUUUAAUGCAUCAUGGAAUACAGAGGCAACGACUUGUAUGUGCCACAUCAUUUUGUGUUUUGAAGUGAUUUUGUCUGUCACAUUCCAGCUGUUUGGCAUGCAAAAAAUGGAGUAAUCACGGCUUGAUGGGGUGUGUGUGUGUGUGUGUAUGUAGACAGUCCUGUUUUUCUUUCAUUGAAAGAGUGUAGGUCUUUAAAAUACACACAAAACAAUCCCCACCAUUACUGUGCUGUAUUUCUGACUUGACUGCUGCUAUACAUUGUAGUUGUGUUUCACUACUUGAAUAUGUGUUUUCUAUGUGUUAACCUCAGGUUGUCUGUGUUCAGUGUUAUUUGUUAUCAUUUCCCCAAUGUGUAUGCCUUUAUGCAUUUCCUCUCAACAACUAAAGAUUAGUAAAACUCUCGCCCUUCAUAUUAGAAAUGGAUAACUGUGGGUGUUAAUUGACAUUAAUAUUAUGUGUGCAACACUGUUAACUGUCAAAUGUGAUUACAGUUGCAACUUAGGAGGGAGAAUAAAAUGGUAACUUGCACAUACUUAAUGUGCUUUUUGUCAGAAGUGAUUGUUAUCAGACUGUGGUAAAUAUUUAGUGUAAUGUAUACACAAUGCCUUGAGAGCAAAUACUUUGAGAUUUUGUUGGUGUUUUGCAAUAGAUAUACAGUAUACUGUAUCUAAAGUAACAGGUAACACCUAAUUUAAAAGCAAAGAAAUGGGUUGAAAACUUAUAAACAUAUUGUUACAAAUAUAAUGUUUGACUUUCUAAGAAGCUUUAUUGAAAAUUUGUAUUUUAUAAAGCACCCACCAAUAUUAAGGAAUGUCUAGUCAAAGAACUCCUGUAUUCUCAUUUAGCCUUCAAACUUGAUUAGACUAUUUGCCUUCAUCUUUUUUGCUAGUAAAAGCAAAAACAUCAUUUUGAUAGACAUGGUUUGAUUUUUUUUUUUUUUUUUUUAAAUAAGCUGCUGAAUUUUAAAAAAGUAAUACUUUUGGGGCCACCAAAUAUUUUGGAUCAUGCAAAGAAUCUAUAUUGUACUGUAGUAAUUUUGUAAUAUUUGUAAGAUGAUAUAGUGGAUGUGACUGGUUACCAUUGCUUGAAUCUGUACAUUGUUCCAAUAAAUUGUUUACAUUA